AUGCUUGACUUCAUCCUCCUUUUCCUGAUUAUUCAAUCAAGUGUUGUUUCUCGACCAUUCGAGGAUGACAACAAAUUACUAUCAUUAAUCUUGGCAGAAGAUUACCCUGAUAAUGGGUAUACAGUUGUACAAUCAAAAACAACACUCUACGAUGUGACUGAAGACUUUGUUAUAUUCGAUCCAUUGGCUACGAGUAACAAUAAUGGUCGUCGUUUGCUUCGAGCAUUGAUUGAGAAGAAUCGAGAAUCGAAAGCACUAACAAUUGCUUCAAACCCAUCGAAAGGUUAUGUGAUUGAUAAAGAUGAUCAAUUUUCAAAAUAUUUCAUCGCAAAUGGUGGUGGAUGGGAUAAACUAUACAAGGAGAAUCCCAAAGUUCGUGGUCUAACGGCAGUUUCACUGCCAGUCUACGAUCGACAAACAGGUUUAGUCUUAGUUUAUAAAAGCUUUUCUCAAGAUUAUCUGGCUGGUCAAGGCGAUUUAAUCCUUUAUCUCUUUGACGAGAGCAAUGGAUCGUUAAAAGAAAUAUCACGACGAAAUCUUUGGGUUUCGUAA